GUCAUCCACCAGUCAUAGCGUUUCAACGCUAUCUACUCCUUAGUACCCAAUACUCAACUAAAUAAAGUUGACUUGGAAGACUCUAUCAUUGCACCUCUUAUGCUUCAAUGGUUCCUAUAUCUUUUGAAGACGGUGGGAAAAAGGGCUGCUGUUGUCUCUCUUUGGAUAUAGUUAAAUAUAAUCUUCUAUCAUAGAUAACAAAUCCAUCUGCGAGAAAUGACAACAGUAACAUCGACAUUGCUGAGCAUGAUGAGGAGUGUACUGCAAUGGCUUCCUCUUCAUUACCAUCUCGGUAAUGAUGACAGCCCAAACAAUGCUUCAGUCUCUUCCUCUUCAUCUUUGCAAAGGACUAGCAGCUCCGAAUUCGAUCGCUUGGAACUGUACAAAGCUGCGCUCAAUGGUGACUGGGAAAGUACUUCACAAUUAUUGGUGCAUAAUCCACGAUUAUUCUCCGCCCGGUUCGGAACAGAUGAUUCCCCAGUGCUUCACAUAGCAGUUGAGUUAGGAGAGGCCAGAAUGGGUUUCGUGGAGAAUUUGGUUGAGUUUAUGGGAAGUGAGGAUCUGGCUCUGCGGGAUUCUGAUGGCGCCACUGCCCUUUUCAACGCUGCAAGGGCUGGCAAUAUAAAAGCAGUCAAGUUGUUAGAGAACAAAAACCCAAGGUUGCCCAAUAUCUGCAACCGCUACGAUUUUGCGCCUCUUCACACCGCUGUUAAGUAUGGUCAUAAAGAGCUGACUUUAUAUUUAUUAAGCGUCACCAGAGAUAAUGAACCUCCAUAUCCUUUCUCAAAUUCACCUGGAAUCGAGCUUCUGCGCAGAGCACUAAUGGUGGGGUUUCAUGAUGUAGCACUGUAUCUGGUUGAACGUUAUCCUCACCUUGCCACAUGCCAUUUCGAUUCCGCCCCCCACAAUGAUGCUAAUGAUUCUGAUGAGGAUUUUACCCCUUUGACAGUAUUGGCUAAAAGGCCUUGGGCUUUCCGAAGUGGAAGUCGCUUCAACUUAUGGCAACUCAUAAUAUAUCACUGUUAGUUUCUUUA